AUACAAGAGAUACGUCGAUGAUGACGAAUUUUUAACGACCAUUUGCCACAUCCAUGUUCAAAAACAAUAAAAUAAAAUUUUCUAAGAGGAAGAGACAGGCACAGAAAAGAUAGACUAAUGAAUAUAUGGCACCUUUUGACCAACAAUUAUAUUGAAAAAUUCGAUUUUCUCUGUACAAAAUGAACCACAAAUGCAUCAUUUUUUAUUUUUCAUUUCUUUUGGAAUCACAUAUGCAUCAUUUAGCAUGUAAACUAAAACUACCGAACCUUAUUGAACUGGAGUGACAUUUUUUUUUUAGGAUAACUAAGAUUGACUUAUGAGGGAUUCACAUAGUACAUCAAAAGACAUUGGCUCAGGCUCAGUUGCUUGUUGAAGAUACGCCCUACAUUUGUUAUGAUCAUAAUAUAAAUAUAUAUAAUACACAAAUAUUGUCUUUGAAUGCCUCAACCUUCAAUGAUAUAGAAUGAAAGAACUUGCCAACGUUACCCAAAAAAAAAAAAAAAGACAAAGAACCAGUCAAAGAAAGAUACUAUAGAAUUCAAGACCUUUGGGAAUCCAAAAGAGCUUUUGAAGAAACAAAGAAGAAAGUAGGAGCUUGUAGGGUUAGAGUAAACCUCUAUUUCUUUUUUCUUGCUUUCUAGCUCCAUUUGUUGCUUUGUUGCUUUUCAUAUUCGGUAUUGUUCUCAUAGCAGAGCAUCAUGGCCACCGAAACCGAUCCUGUCCAUGUCCUCUUUUUCCCUAUGAUGGCUCAAGGCCACAUGUUACCAACCAUAGACAUGGCCAAACUCUUUGCUCAGAGAGGCAUCAAAACCACCAUUAUCACAACCCCACUAAACGCCCCACUUUUCACCAAAACAAUCGAGAAAUCCCACAACUCUACCCUCCAGAUCAGCCUCAAAGUCAUCAAAUUUCCAGCCAAAGAGGCCGGUUUGCCUGAAGGCAUUGAGAAUAUUGAUUCGAUCACGAACGAGGAUUCUAACUGGAAAUUCUUCCACGCCAUUUCUUUGCUCCAACACCCUUUGGAUCAUCUUCUUCAAGAGCUACGCCCUCAAGGCCUAGUUGCCGACAUGUUCUUCCCCUGGGCUACUGAUAUUGCUUCCAAACACGGAAUUCCUAGGAUUAGUUUCCAUGGUACGAGCUUCUUCGCUGCGUGUGCCAUGGACAGCUUAGCACGACACCAACCGCACAAGAAUGUUUCAUCGGAGACUGACCCUUUUGUCUUGCCUGGUUUGCCCGACCGAAUCGAGCUGGUAAAAUCCCAAAUCCCAGAUAGUGUUCGAGAUGGAUCCCAAGACGACGACUUCACGAAAUUACAACGAAGUGCUAAAGAAGCCGAAAAGCGAAGCUUUGGAAUACUUGUUAAUAGUUUCUACGAGCUUGAACCCGCCUAUGCCGAUCACUACAGGAACGUUUUGGGGAAAAAAGCAUGGCAUAUUGGCCCUGUCUCACUCUGCAACAAGAACAUUGAAGAUAAAUCACAGAGAGGGAAAACAUCCUCCAUUGAUGAGCAUACUUGCUUGAAAUGGCUCAAUUCCAAAAAACCCAAUUCGGUUGUCUAUCUGUGCUUUGGAACUACCUCUAAUUUUUCAGCUUCUCAACUCCAUGAAAUUGCAAUGGGUCUUGAGGCAGCUGAGCAGGAAUUCAUCUGGGUUGUGAAGAAGCAAAAAGGUGAAGAAGAUGAAAAGGAAGAUUGGGUACCAGAAGGAUUCGAGAAAAGGAUAGGAAAUAAGGGAUUAAUCGUAACAGGUUGGGCACCCCAAGUUCUGAUUCUUGAUCAUGAAUCUGUGGGAGGAUUUGUGACUCACUGUGGUUGGAACUCGGUGCUUGAAGGUAUCAGUGCCGGGCUUCCAAUGGUGACAUGGCCGGUAUUCGCUGACCAAUUCUACAACGAGAAACUGAUCACUGAUGUUUUGAGAAUUGGAGUUGGUGUUGGUGCUCGGAAAUGGGUUAUGAUGGUAGGGGAUUUUGUGAAAAGGGAACAGAUUGAGAAGGCGGUAAAGGAGAUAAUGAUUGGUGAAAAAGCAGAGCAAAUAAGAAGCAGAGCAAAUAAACUUGGUGAAAUGGCAAGGAAAGCUGUUGAAGAAGGAGGCUCAUCUUACUCAGAUUUGAGCAACUUCAUCGAAGAACUGAAAGGGUCCCAAUUGAGAAAGCAGCACUGAUACUUUACCUUCUUUUUUUUAUUUUUAUUUGUUGUUGUUGUUGUUGUUGUGCUGGUAACCAAACAAGUAAGCAUUCACGCUAAUUUUAUC